GUUCAGCCCCACCAAAAAAAAAGUCGGUGUUGGCGAGCGGCGGACCUUGGCCUUGCAUCUGGUUUGGACGGGCACGAUAGUGAAGCGCUUGUUCUUCAUAUUCAAACAGCCCGACAUCCUCCAGUCGCAAAUAUGAGGAUCGAGACGUGCUAUUUUUGUUCCAGGCCGGCCUACCCAGGCAAGGGCAUACAGUUCGUCAGGAACGAUGCUCGGGUAUUUCGGUUCUGCAGGAGUAAAUGCCACAAAAACUUCAAGAUGAAGCGCAACCCCCGCAAGCUCAAGUGGACAAAGGCCUUCCGCAAGGCGGCCGGCAAGGAAAUGACGGUCGACUCAACGCUUCAGCUGGCGGCGAGGCGCAACGUCCCCAUACGCUACAACCGCGACCUCUUCCAAAAGACGCUCAAGGCCAUGGACCGCAUCGCCGAGAUCCGGGCCCGCCGCGAGCGCGUCUUUUACAAGAAGCGCAUGGCCGGCAAGCGCGAGCGCGAGGUCGCCGCCGCGCGCAAGCUCGUUGCCGAGAACGAGCACCUGCUCCCGCGCCUGCGCGGCUCCGAGAAGCGCCGCAUCGCCGAGGAGCGCGGCAUCACGGUCGAGGAGGUCGAGGAGAUGUCGGUCGGGGAGAUGGUCGAGAAGGCCAAGCUGUCCAAGAAGGCGGGCAAGAGCAAGCUCUUUGGAAAGGAGGUCGUGCGCCAGCGGGUGCGGGCCGAUGGUGGCAUCGACACCGUCGUGGAGAGGACGGUCGGCGCCGGCGAGGACGACGACGAGGACGAUGCCGAGUGGGGAAGCGACGCAGACGAUGUGGAUGGCAUGGAUACCGACUGAAAGACUGGCUCUAAAACCGCCGGCAACCCUCCUUUUCUUUUGCCUGUGCUAUUGUUUCUACGGCGCUUUUUUCGGAAUUGUUUUGUCCCCGCUAACACGACCUGCAAGCGGAUUUUCUGUUCUUGAGUUUCGAGAGGGCAUCAUCGGCGUUUUUUGGUAUCAAAAGGGAUAUAUCUUUGUGCAGCUUCGAAAUAUUACGAGGAAAACGUUUUGUCGACAUGAGGAAACGCUGAAACCAGCAACUGCUAGGUGUCUGUCGAGGCAUCAGCCAGGUCUUGUCUUUUGGGCGGGUUAGCCAGGCGUAAAGGGGCCCGGUUCAAAUUCCACCACCAACCAAUCAUCAUCACGGCGUUACAUUCUCCUCCACAGACCAGGAUGUAGGGACAUGGUGACCGCAGAUUUCUCUACCUGUCGCUCUUUGUUAUGGAGAGCUUCUAUCCUGUCCCUAAGACUCGAUCCGCUGGCGACUUGGGUUGCUGGACGUUCUUGAUAUACCUUGGUCGCUAUACCUUGUCAACUGAGGUUACCCGCACACUUUGUUCAUCUUCCUGGUCACAUGCCUAAGCACACGGGAGGUUUAAUACAUGUGGGUUGAGGUUCGCGCUCAGAGCUCCAAGUGUGGGUUCGCCAUAUCUUAUCUAUACGGCCAUGUCUUCCUAAGUAGGAAUAUAAUACAAUCCGGGUUUGAAGGCGAGAACGUCUUAUACAAUUAUACAACCAAGUCGUGAAAGGAUCCCUGUGCUUUCGUAUGUUGCUUCUUCGUUUGUUGCUCAAGAGCUAUGGCG